UUGGAGGGGGGGGUGGGGAGGCGCGGUGGUGGCGGCGGCGGGGGCGCGCACGCCGGGCGGCGGGGCGGGCGCGGGGGCGCGCACGCCGGGCGCGGCCGUUGCUAAGGGGCCGUAGCUCAAGAGGAAAGAGGAACGCCCUAAAAUGUCACCUGAAGUUGCCUUGAACAGAAUUUCUCCUGCUCUUUCACCCUUCAUUUCCAGUGUGGUCAGAAAUGGAAAAGUAGGCUUGGAUGCUACUAAUUGUUUACGUAUUACAGACUUGAAAUCUGGCUGUACAUCCUUGACUCCUGGACCUAGCUGUGAUCGGUUUAAGCUGCAUAUCCCUUAUGCUGGAGAAACACUCAAAUGGGAUAUAAUUUUCAAUGCUCACUACCCUGACCUGCCACCGGAUUUUAUCUUUGGAGAAGAUGCUGAAUUUUUGCCAGAUCCUUCUGCCUUGCAUAAUUUAGCUUCUUGGAAUCCUUCAAAUCCUGAAUGCCUCCUGCUUGUUGUGAAAGAGCUCGUGCAGCAGUAUCACCAAUUUCAGUGCAGCCGAUUGCGUGAGAGCUCGCGUCUCAUGUUUGAAUAUCAGACUUUACUUGAAGAGCCCCAGUAUGGAGAAAACAUGGAAAUCUAUGCUGGAAAAAAGAACAACUGGACUGGUGAAUUCUCAGCUCGCUUCCUCUUGAAGUUGCCUGUAGAUUUCAGCAAUAUUCCUACGUACCUUCUCAAGGAUGUGAAUGAAGAUCCUGGAGAAGAUGUUGCGCUUCUCUCUGUUAGUUUUGAGGAUGCAGAAGCUACUCAGGUUUUUCCUAAGCUGUAUCUCUCCCCGCGUAUUGAACAUGCACUUGGAGGAUCAUCUGCCCUUCACAUCCCAGCCUUUCCUGGUGGAGGUUGUCUUAUUGACUACGUACCCCAAGUAUGCCAGCUACUAACAAACAAGGUACAAUACGUUAUUCAGGGAUACCAUAAGAGAAGAGAGUACAUCGCAGCCUUCCUGAGUCACUUUGGAACCGGCGUGGUGGAAUAUGAUGCAGAAGGCUUCACAAAGCUUACUCUGUUGCUGAUGUGGAAAGAUUUUUGCUUCCUCGUUCACAUUGACCUUCCCCUGUACUUUCCUCGAGACCAGCCAACCCUAACGUUUCAGUCAGUCUACCAUUUCACUAACAGUGGACAGCUGUACUCCCAGGCUCAGAAGAAUUACCCUUACAGCCCACGCUGGGAUGGCAAUGAAAUGGCCAAGAGAGCGAAAUACCUGGGCAGCAUGGGAGAGGGGCAGAAGUGGAGGAACAUAUCCCAACUAAACGUUUGCUACUACAUUUAUUUCAGUCUGGAAGAGACCGCAAAUGAUAAGAGAAACUCAAGCAUAUACUUUAGAGGCAUAUUUCAAAACAUUUGUCCCUCAGUUCCAGGAGGCAGCGUUCGCUAAUGGAAAGCUUUAGGUAGCCUCGGGCAUUGAGAUGAUACUGGACAGAUUUCUUCAGUCUACCCAUGUCAGCACACAAGAAGAAUUCCUGGAAACGGGCUGGACUGGCUUGAUACUUUCUAGCCUCUGAAAUGGAUUUGGUAGCUUCAGUUUUUGUCAGAUUUAUGAAUUGAUGACCUCAGCUAGCACGCUCAAAACUGAGUGUUUGAUAUUCAUCCCAUCCCUUUGCCUCUGCCACCGCCAUUCCUUCACGUAUCUACUGGAUUAAAUUUAAAAACUUGUGUUUUGAUGUGAUAACGUUUUCUGGUGCCAGCAAUGUCCUAUAUGUCAUGCCUUGUUUGCUUGUCUUCGGAGGGUGUUAAUUGGAUUUUUUUUUUUCUGUGAAAUUUGUAUAUUUAGUUAACAUUUCCAGCUUAUCCUGAGAAAAUCUAAAACUGCCGUAUGUACCAGAAAUGCCUAAUGGACUGUACAGUGCCAUAUUCUGCCUUGGAUGUUGGCAUCUCACUGUGGUUGUUACUCUCACAGGUAUGGAUAUGAGUUGCACAGUUCAAUUCUCAGUGCCUUUCACGUUGGUCUGAUAUUAAUGUGGCAGGGGUUUGGAGCUGUUUUUUUUUUGUUAUUAUUUCAGUUGAAAGCUCAUCUUAUAUUAAAUGCUGUGCUUUUAUGCUUUGUUUUUAUUUCCAGUUGCACACUUUCAGUGUUUUACUAAUGAACUCCCUUUGCUUUUAUGAAAAAGUUUUAGUGCUCCAGUACAAAUGCUCAUAGAGCUAGUUAUAUAAAUUGGUAUAACAAAAUAAUGCUCUUUCAUAGACCUAUAAUUUUUCCAAGUAAGAUAAAUACUGCUAAGAAGAAAACUUUCAACAAAUGAGUGAAUGAUGUCUUGGAAAAUAACUAAUGAAAUAAUGUAGGGUUAUAGAUAUUUAGCUUAAUGCUUAAGUUCAACAUGUCUUCUCAGAAAUAACUUUAAGUGUAUAUAACUGGAAACAUUACCUCCCCUGUUUCUGACAUGCCAAAUGCAAAAUUCCACCUAUUCAUCCUUUCUUUCGUGCUUGUGUCAGGCGCACCAGUUAGGGCUAACAGUCACGGUGUCACUUCCCGAAUUAAUUUGUAAAUAGACCAGGGGACUUUCCAGUAAGGAAUGAAAUCAACGGUCUGCAUUGCUUAUAAAUGGCACAUGGAAAAUGUGCCCCACUUCUGCUAAAUAUAAGGAACUAAAUGAAUAGUAUGCAGAUGAUACAGUGGCACUGAGAAAACAUUUAAUUUGAAAUUAUUCACCAUAUCACUGCUAUCUGCUCAUGUAAUGAAUUCUCAUCAAAUUAAUUGAUUGGCAGUGUUCUGCCCUUUCUAAAACUUGUUAUUUUACUUUAGAAUUAGUGCUUUCCAGUGGAAUGUCCACCUAGGGGCUAUGGAUGGGUCUUGAGCAGUGAAGCUUAAUAAUUAAAAAUUAUGCAGAUUAGUUGCCUCUAGAAACUACAGGUAUUUUUAGCUAGUUUAUAGGCAAAAUUGUAGUUUAUGUUUAAUACUGAAGUUCUUGGCUGGAAAUCAAGCUGCAAACAAAAUCAGAGUUGUUUCUGCAAGUCUGCUGAGAAAGGGGACAUGGUCUGUCCUCUGACCCAUCUCCAUGUGACUGCUGCUGCAUUAUCUGAGGGCUGUAAACAGCUCCAAAGGUCUGAGGCUGAAUUCUCCCCGUGGAGGCAUCGCAUUAGGCUUUUGCAUGCAAACCAAGUCUUACAGCAGAUGUGGAGGGUAAUGGCUUUGUGUGUUGAGCAAAGACAGCUGAACAACCUCAAAUGACUGAAAACAGGCAUUGUUUAGUGUAUUGGGACAAUCUCAGAUCUGCAUUUCUUCAGGUAAAAAUCAGUGCCUCACACACAUACUCAAGAAUAAGCUAACUCUUGUGAAUUGGGAGGGAAAAGGAGGACAGCUAAGGAGAAGCAUUCACAGUCUUAUAGUAACAAUCUCUAGUACCUUCAAAAGGAAAAAAGAAAAAACAUAAGUUGCAUCAGUAGAUCCCUGGGACCUUACAUUUUAUAGCACUGUCUUGGAUUCAGUGUUGCAGUGACUGCCCCAUGAACACGGUGUUUGCUCUACAUACUUAAUUGAUUGCCCAAGUGGCACCAGUACUUUUUUAAUCGUUUCAGAAAUUGCCAAGAUGCUUUCAAAGGCUAGCAAUUCCAAAACGAUCCAAAAGGAGUGGGACUCUUCAGAGUGAAUGCACAUUUUCAACCAAAAAUGCAUCCUUCACCUCCGUCCUCAGAAUUCCAGACUGCUUUAGUACUAAGGUCUACGUGUUCCAAAAGCCAUGAUUUACUUUGAAGAUAUAAAAAGCCUAAAUCAACGAUUCCUCGUGUUAUUCAAUAGUAUUAUACCAACUUCUCACUAGCAUGUAUGGAAACGAGCCAGUGGUUUCAGUUUUAAUUUUACCUCUUGCAGCUGGUACUAUUUGGUCAAAAAAAUGAGGUAGAAGGGUUGAGAAACUGAUCUGUUUGUGUUUGAGAUAAAGUCUGCAAGCCUAACUAUUUUCAGGUUAGAAAAAAAAGGUAUUUUGCUUGCUCUGAAUGAACUUUUUCUUUAUUUCAAAGCCACCCUGCACUCUUUGAAGCACCCAGUAGUAGUUUAUGGAGCCCUUCCUGAUCGUUCUCAGGUUGGUUUGUGGGUGUUAGACCAGGACAGGUAGGGCGUUAGGAGGAAGGACAUGGAAAUGAGUGAGCUCUUCAGAAGGAAGAUUAUGUAUAAAUGCUAAAUCAGAAAGGAGAGUUAGUCUGAAUAAUUUCAUAUCAAAUCAAGUAUGGAUUGAAGCAAUUUAAGUUAGCCACAGGAGCUGUAAUCUGAUAAGGUGGAGUUAACUCUGUUAUAUUCUGUUUUCUGAUAAUAGCCAUUAUGGCCACUUUAACGGGGAUGAAACUUUCAGCUCUUUCUCUCCUAUAAUGUGAUACAUACAAUUAAAAGGAGCAGUUGGACCUAAGCUGAUUCCUGUGGUUUCUUAGAACAACAAAACAGGAGAAAAACAGCAAUGUUACGAACAUACUGAAAAGCCUCAGUUCUACUCUGUCAUGAUUUUAAUUGAUAAAAUGCAGUAAGCCUGUAUUUACUACUCCCCAUCAGUGUACAACUUUCUGACAGUCCUUCAAAGUGUAGAUGUAAGAGUCGAGCCUUUAUUCAUCUGUAUGCAUUGCAUCCGCUGUGCUAGAGGUAAUACCAAAACUCCUGGAUUCUAAGUUAGUUUAUUUUGUGAAUUUGCUGAAAAGACUGGACAAGCAGCUGGAAGAAUAAAUAAAAGUUAACAAUA